AGCAACACAACAGUCUUCUCUCUCUCUCACUUCACCGUUUAUUUUUUUUUGGACCUUAUGUCCUUAUGCUAUUACUGUGCUCCACCUGCUCAACAGUGUAGAAGUCACAAGUAAGGAAAAAGGAAAACCAAAAGCAGAAGAAGCCAUUUACUUUUUACACUGCUUCUCUGUUUUCUCUCCUCUCACAAACCUAAAUUGUUUCUGAAGAUGCCUAGACCAGGUCCAAGACCUUAUGAAUGUGUUAGAAGAGCAUGGCAUAGUGAAAGACACCAACCCAUGAGAGGUUCUCUCAUUCAAGAAAUUUUCAGAGUUGUCAGUGAGAUUCAUAGCUCAGCAACUAAAAAGAACAAGGAAUGGCAAGAAAAGCUCCCUGUUGUUGUCUUGAAAUCAGAAGAAAUUAUGUACUCCAAAGCCAAUUCUGAGGCUGAAUACAUGGACCUUAAAACACUUUGGGACCGAACUAAUGAUGCCAUUAACACGAUUAUUCGACGUGAUGAGAGUUCUGAAACUGGAGAGCUACUUCCCCCUUGUAUUGAAGCUGCUCUCAAUUUGGGCUGCAUGCCAAGAAGAACGUCGAGAAGCCAACGGAAUAGUCACCCAAGGUGCUACCUUAAUUCUGGCACACAAGAGCAAACCAGUUUAGAGAACAUCACUCAAGGAAAUCAGACAGUUAAUCCACACUGCAUGCCACAUUAUUCCACUUUGAUGAAACCCACAAGCACAGAUGUAGCUCAAAAUCCUGUUGUUCAAAGCAAUAUCGACUCCACUAAAAAACUUCCCUUUGCAUCUGAGAAUGUUCCCCCUUCAAUCAAUAAGCAAUUCUUGCGUUUGGAAAAUUUUCCCAGUUUGAAUUGGUAUGCAGUUUACCCCUUGUUUAAUAUUGAAGAACUACCACAUGGUUUUCAAAAUUUUCCUAACUCAACUUCUAACAGUGUGGAACCUGCCAAGGAAAUUUGUGUUCAGAACUCUUCAGUUAAGAUUGCUCAACCAUAUAUUAAUAUCAGGGAUGCUCCUGAAAUCCCACAUGAUAUUGGGUGCGAUCUAUCGCUUAGGUUGGGACCACUGUCUAUUCCUUCCCCGAGUGUUGAGAAAUUUCAGCUACAACAAGUUAAAAAUGUUGGUUCUAGUUCUCUAGAGGGGAACGAAAUGAGUGAUUUGACACCACAACUGCAUAAACAGUUAAUUUUCUGUUCUAACAACAAUGUUGAUGGCCCAUUAGACAUGUGCUCAAGUCAAUGGAGUGAUGAGGACAAUGUUGAUACAAGAACAAGAAAGCGAAAGGCAGUUUCUAUUCACCAAUUAGAGGAUCAACAUUUUUGGCAGUCAAAGCUUCCAUAUAACCAGUUAACUGGAGGAAUGAAAAGUGCAGGUUCGUAGACCGACUCUUAUUUCAGGAUGUUGAUUCAAGUUCUUGACAUGGCUUAGUGAAUGCGCAUUACUGAAGCUUUUUGUACUCUUGCUGCACUUGGGAGUUUAUGUACGAUUAGUUGCUUGUUUCAGUUUGCAAGAAAUGAGAUGUAAAUAUUAAUCAAGUUCCAACUAGAUGAAGUCAUGGUGAUUUGACUGGAGAAACCCUUAAUCUGAAUGGACAGAAAUGUAUUGUGUCUUGUAUAUUGCUGCUCGUAAAACUUAGAACUUUUGAUGCUAUGAUGCAGGAUCCCAGUUUAGCAUCCUUGCACUUUGAAAACAUAAGGAUAUUCCUAAUGGCUGACUUUAAUUGUUUGCAUCAUGCUAAUUUACAAUUAUCCUGUUCUUUUUGUCUACUGGAUCUUAUCUUUUUGGAGCCAAGUUGAAAAUUUGAUUCGAGUACAAUGUAGUACGGGGAAAAACAA